UACAACAAAACAAAGCACCACAAGCUCUACCGAAUCUCAGCCGGCUGUUCGAAAAUCAGUCGAAUUAACUGUGACUCAGACCAAGAACUCCCUUUUCGAGGUCUACUAACUUUAGUCCGUAGUUAAACCCAGCAGAGACCGCACAGAGAUGACAGAUCCCCGCAUCCGACAGCUGGUGAUUAAGGCCGGAGUGGUCAAGCGGCUGACCAGGGAGAAGUUCUGCUACGCCAAGGAGGUGAAGAUCGAGGAGUCCAGGCUGGAGAAAUUCAAGGGCGAGGGAGCCGACGACCAUGUUCUGCGCAAGCAGGAGGAGGUCAUCCAGGAGUGCGUCAUGAUGGUUCCGGACUCCAAGAGGAGACUGCAAAAGGAGUACGAGAUUCUGGAAAAGUACCUCGCCGAUGAGCAGGAUCUCAAGGAGACGGAGGAGUACACGAGGGCCGCCGACGUUCUCAAGGCAGCCAAGGCCGAACUGGAGAUCUAAGGAUCCUCACAUUCCCAGUCCCUGUUUAAACAGCAUUUAAUACCCUUUGAUAUCAGCAUCAAUGGCUAUUCCUCGAGUUCUGAGCUGCAGAGCGGCCCAAAACCCUAAGUAUUAAGCAACUUAAUACCCUCUAAUCUUGUUUUGAAUUU